GACGAGACCUCGGGGUGGCUCAGCGUCUUGCACCGCAUCGACCGGGAGGAGGUGAACCAGCUUCGCUUCACCGUCAUGGCCCGGGAUCGGGGUCAGCCCCCCAAGACAGACAAGGCUACAGUCGUGCUGAACAUCCGUGACGAGAACGACAACGUGCCCACCAUUGACAUCCGGAAAAUCGGGCGUAUCCCACUUCGGGACGGGGUCGCCAGUGUGGCCGAGGACGUGCUGGUGGAUACUCCCAUCGCCCUGGUGCAGGUGUCGGACCGGGAUCAAGGUGAAAACGGCGUGGUGACUUGCACCGUGGUGGGCGACGUGCCCUUCCAGCUCAAGCCGGCCAGCGAGGGUGAAGGGGAGCCACAGAACAAGCGCAAGUAUUUCCUCCACACCUCAGCCCCCCUGGACUACGAGGCUGUCCGCGACUACAACGUGGUGAUUGUGGCUGUGGACUCGGUGUUCACUUUCUACGUGAAGGAGAACCUGCAGCCCAACAGCCCUGUGGGCAUGGUAACUGUGAUGGACUUCGACAAGGGCCGCAACGCUGAGCUCAGCCUUUCCAUCCAGCCCAGUGACCACGACCAGACAGCCAGCAUCUUCUCCAUUGAGAACGACACCGGAACCAUUUUCUCCACUGUCUCUUUUGACAGGGAGCAGCAGACCAGCUACACUUUUAAGGUGAAGGCAGUGGAUGGAGGUGAGCCACCGCGCUCAGCCACUGCCACCGUGUCCCUUUUCGUGAUGGAUGAGAACGACAAUGCACCCACAGUCACCUUCCCCAGCAACAGCUCCUACACAGUGCUGCCGCCCUCCAGCAAUAUGCGCACUGUAGUCGCUACCGAUGCCGACACUGGUCUCAAUGCUGACCUCAACUACAGCAUUGUUGGGGGCAACCCCUUCAAACUCUUCGAGAUUGAUCCGGCCAGUGGCGUGGUGUCGCUGGUGGGCAAGCUGGCCCCCAAGCACUAUGGCCUGCACCGCCUCGUGGUGCAGGUGAAUGAUAGUGGGCAGCCACCCCAGUCCACCACAGCCCUACUUCAUGUCUUUGUCAAUGAAAGCCUGUCUAAUGCCACCGUGGUGGAGAGCCAGGUGGCCCCCCCCCCCCCCUUAGCCCAGGACAUCGCCGGCGCCCCCAGCUACGAGCUGAGCAAGCAGCGGCUGAGCAUAGUCAUUGGCGUGGUGGCUGGCAUCAUGACUGUCAUCCUUCUCAUCUUGGUGGUAGUCAUGGCCCGCUACUGCCGCUCCAAGGGCAAACAUGGCUACGAGGCCGGCAAGAAGGACCACGAGGAUUUCUUCACCCCGCAGCAGCAUGACAAGGCCAAGAAGCCAAAGAAGGACAAGAAAGGCAAGAAGGGCAAGCAGCCCCUCUACA